CGUCCUGUCGCCUCGCGGACUUGCUCGUUCUGUGGCCCUUCCUGUCUUAUCAGCAGUCUCUCCUUUCGUUCAACCUCCCAUCUACCGCUCGCGGACCCGCCCCGCCCUCGUCCCUCCGACCCUGCUAGCGGAACCGCCGUGAUCUCCAGGCCAAGAUGCCCAAGGCCAGCUCCUCUUCGGCCCGACCCGCUCUGCGCAGGAAUCAGGCUUGCCUUGCAUGUCGGAAGAGGAAACUGAAAUGUGAUGCCGCCCGUCCCCACUGCGGGACCUGCGUCAAGCAAUGGCAGUCGCUCAUUAGUGUGCCACCCCCCGUUGGUUACGCCCAUCCCACUGAGCCCCAGUGCUCGUAUGAUCCCGUCGAGGGCCUCACUGUUGCUCCGGAUGUCGAUCCCGCAGAGAAGAUGCGACAGAUGCAGGAGGAAAUAUCACAACUCAAAACCCAGCUUUAUCAGCUGCGAGAUGCCGCGUCACACUCCAAUCUCUUCCCAGGCAGCUUGAAUGGUUCGCUGCGGCCACUGUCCAGCUCACUAUCCAACGGCCGUUCGCCUGAGAAUAGCCCGCAUGACUCCGGCAUCGUCCUCCCUUCGAGCCUGUCUUCUUCCGGUUCCAGCAGUGGUCCUUCGACUUCUAGUCCAAGUUCGCGGCUCCGGAGUCCCACCAAAACCCCGGACUCUCAAAGAGGCCCGAAUCCUAUGAUGGAUUUGUUUUUAUCUGGCUGGGACCCCUACCUGCCUCCUCCUGACACUCUGCACCAUUAUGUGGACGUGUUCUUCCGGUGUGACCCAUGCAGUUCGCACGUACUGCACCGCCAGUCAUUCCUUGCCUCCUUGCAUUUGCACCCAAAAGAUCCCAACUUCCCACACACAGCCCUCUUGCAUGCUAUCUGCGCAUCCGCUUCUCGAUGGGCAUCGAACGACAUCAUGAUGCUGCCAGAGGGCAGCCGCCGUGACAGGUUUGCGGAAUUGCACGUCAGUAAGACACGUGAAUACAUCGACAGGACGAUGGCAUCCGGCCAGGACAUCUUCCCCGUACUUCAAGCAUGCCUCAUGCUAUCUUGGUACUUCUAUCAAGAGGGCCGAUGGGUCGAGGUGUGGAUUUUCGCGGGAUUCCAAGCCAGGGUUGCAGUGCCGUUGCGUCUGAACAAUCCUGGGACGUUUUCAGGACAGAGUGCGAAUACGCCUGGCGCGUUCCUGCCUCCGCCGAAGAACUUCAGAGAGCUGGAGUCGAGGCGAAGGGCGUGGUGGAUGACUGUCCUGUUUGAUCGGAUUGUCUCCGUGGGCGGAUGGAUGCACGCUAUCGAUGAGAAGGACAUCGGCACAGAGUUCCCUGUACGCCGAGUAGACUUUGAGGCAGACUCCAACAUCCCGAACAACCCGCAGGAUCUCGCAUCUAAAGAUCUCUACACAAGAAAUGAUCCGCAGUACACCGACUCGUUCAUACUGUUCCUGAAGUCGAUUAUGCUGUUUGGCAAGGUGACAGACUAUAAUACCCGGAGCAGCCUCCGCGCGCCGGGGAUGCCGAGCAAGAACCAGAACCCGUUCCACUUACUAGGCUUCUCAGAGCUGGACAAGCUGGUGUAUAUGGACUUUGUCAACAGCUUCCCGCAGCCGUACAGCCAUCUCGGUGUGAGCUACACGGGGGCACUGGACACAGAUUUGUACAUGGCGCAUGUUGCCCCUCAUGCGGCUGUCAUUACCCUGCACAAUCCCUUCAUGAACUUCAACGAUCCCCACUGCAUAUCCACGAACCGCUGCAUUCACGCCGCCCGCACGAUUCUCAACGCUUACUACAAGCUCUCUGAGACGUCACUGGACACGACGCGCCUCCACCCUUUCAUUACUAUCUGUUGGUAUCUGGCGGCUGUGGUGAAGAUUCAGGUAUGCAAGUACAUGAUAGAGAUCGGGGAUGGGGCCCAGGAAGCGACGCUGUGGGGCGAGAUCAACACCCUCCGGUUCGCGAUGUUGACGUAUGGGGCUCGCUCGCCCAUUGGUGUUCGUCAAGAGAAGCUUCUGCAGGGACUCAUGACGGAGAUUGUGCGUAUUUCGUCGCAGAUGCGCUCCCUCGAGGUCGGCGUGCCACUAUACCCCUUCUCACACGCGCGCCUGUUCUCCAAGGAAGUGACAUCGACACGCGAGCCGAUCCCUGCGCCGCUCCCGGGGGUGCAGUCAUUCGAAGAGGAGACGGCCCCAUCCCCACAGUCGUUUCCGAACGUUUCCCCGACGCUCGCAACACAGAUAGACGCGUGGGACACGCGACAGACCCCCCGUCACUCGCAGCCGCAGGAGCAGCUGCACGGGUCAUCCGGGUCGUACUCGGAGUCGGCACAAAUGUACCAGGCGCCAGCUGUCCUGUCUGUCCCAUCCUACAAUGGAGGGUUCUGAGAGGACAUGCGCGUCCUGUACUUGGUGAAGUCUUGUCUUAGAAGGAUUUGCUCCAACUGUUCGUUCGGAGUCGUUGUGUAUAGUGAUCAUUCGAAUCUGUGGCUUCUCUCAUUUACUGAUAUAUGUAUGUAUUACUGCUACGUGCUGUGCUGUUCGGUCGGUCCUGUCGCUCGUUUCUUGAUUACUAGUCGAUAGUUCUCCGCUCAUGAUUUGUAUCGAUAUACAUAAACGAUGCUCGGUUUGACGUUUAACUGCUG